CGUCCCGUCCCGUCCCAUCGCUCCAGAAACUGGGAUCCAUUGUGCAGAUCAUUGUCAGGGAGUCCUUUCUCCACCCGAUGAAAACCUGCUAAGAAAUGAUCCUGCUUCUCGUACCUGUUCAACUCUGCCGGCUGAAAAGAACUGACCUGAGAACGCCCAAGGUAUGAGAAGAGCCGCUGAGUUAGCUGUUCAAGAGGAUGUCUGUAAAUGAAGAGCUAGAGAGCAGGUUUUCAGCAACCACCACGAUGGCCAUGGAGGCAAGUGAAGGGAGCCCAUUCAGAAUCAGCCCCAACAGUUCCUACAAUGCCACCUGGGACAGUGCUCCAGCUGCCAGUUCAAUGGAGGACAUGAUAGCCACUUGCACCAUCGGGACUAUCCUCUCCAUUAUGUGCGUGAUCGGUGUGACGGGCAAUGUCUACACCCUGGUGGUGAUGUGCCAUUACCUGAGAUACUCUGCCUCUAUGUACAUUUACAUCAUUAACCUUGCCUUGGCAGAUCUGCUCUACCUGCUCACCAUCCCUUUCAUCGUUGGGACAUACUUCAUCCAGGAAUGGUACUUUGGAGACGUCGGCUGCCGCAUCUUGUUCAGUCUGGAUUUCCUUACCAUGCACGCCAGCAUCUUCACCCUGACGGUCAUGAGCACAGAGCGUUACUUCGCGGUGCUGAAGCCCCUGGACACGGUGAAGAGGUCCAAAAGCUACCGGAAAGCCAUUGCCAUCGUCAUCUGGGUAGUGUCUCUGCUGCUCACACUCCCAAUGCUCAUCAUGAUCCAGCUGGUGCAAAGAGACAGCAAAAGCAUCUGCCUGCCCACCUGGAGCAAGCUGUCCUACAAAAUCUAUCUGACCAUCCUCUUCUGUACCAGCAUUGUGGGCCCAGGGGUGAUCAUUGGAUACCUUUACAUUAGACUAGCCAGGACCUACUGGGUGUCCCAAACAGCCUCUUUCAAACAGACCAAGCGGCUGCCUAACCAAAAAGUGCUGUAUCUAAUUUUCACGAUAGUGCUGGUCUUCUGGGCUUGCUUCUUGCCCUUCUGGAUCUGGCAGCUUCUCUUCCAAUAUUACGAAUCCUUCCCGUUGUCCCCCAAGGCCAUGAGGAACAUUAACUAUCUGACAACCUGCCUGACCUACAGCAACAGCUGCAUCAACCCUUUCCUCUACACCCUGCUGACCAAAAACUACAAGGAAUACUUGAGGAACAGGCAACGCUCUUUCAAUAGCAGCAGCGGGUACUUCCAGAGGAGGAAUCGAUUUCAGAGGAUUUCUGGGAGAUCCCUUUCCACAAGCAGUCAGCAUUGCACAGAGACUUACGUGCUCACUCAUGUUCCUGUGGGAAACAACAGUGCCUGAAGGUAAAACACAUCUCCAAGAAAAAAAAAUCAAUAUAGACUUCAGUGUUGCGUUGCUUGAAAGUGCAACAUUAUAAAGGCAAAAUCUUAGCAGAUUCAUAGUGUGUUAACGCUGAGUCCAGAGAUUGUGCUAUCGCAAUCUGCACUCAUUUAUUUCCAAUGCCAUCGAUUUUGUUUCUAACCCAAAGCCUUUUGGUUUUUUCAUUCUUUUUUUUUUUUAUGGUGUAUUGAUGUAUUUCUCUCCCAUCUGUAAUGAAAGCCUGUAAUAUUGACACUUUUUUUAUGAUUACAGCUGUCCCACAACAUUUUAAAAUUAAGUUAUUGAAAUAUUAGUUUAGAGGGUUUUAUUUUUUUUUAAGCAAUAAUGCUAGACUAGACGUGGCUGGUUGUAUAAGAAGUGAAAACGGUACAAUUAAAGAAAAAGCAGCUUGUGUUUCUGA